AUGAUAAUGGAUACGGUUCUUCAAAAACUGGAGGAUCCCAAUAUUGAGCCUGGAUUUGAGGAUCCACGACAUUGCCUGGUAUUCUGGGCGCGUCCUCCCCAACAUAUCAAAACUCUAGUGGGGAAAAUCCAACAGAAACUGCUUACUUUGGCUCCGAGGCUAUGGCUUAUGCCCCUGCUCAAGUUGCACCUUACUGCGCUUGAAAUCACCCAUUCACUGACCUCCCCGGAAAUAACCUCCAUCAUCAAUCAGCUCGGUACAUCUACCAUAUCAACCAUGACAGAUUAUCCCCUUCAACACCGAGCUCGUCUCAUCAAACCUACACUGUCCUAUGAUUCCGCCGCAGUUGCCCUUUCAUUUCUUCCUGCCGCCGGAGAAUCACUCACCUCAACUCCGGAUUCAUCAUCCCGCAAUCCCAGAACGGCCCAAGAUGAUGUUUUAACCUAUCAUCAUCUUCGCCAAUCUCUAUUCACGCUGGCCCGAUCUACGGGUAUUUCCGUUGACUCCCGUUAUGUAGUUCCUAGUUCACAUAUCACGGUUGGACGAUUUCUCACGCAGGAAAAUCAUGAUACGCCUGAGAAACGACAAGCUUGGAUAGAUUUGAUUGAGGAAAUCAAUGUGUGGCUUAAAGAGGAGUACUGGCCACGGGAGGGAGAAGGAAGAAAUGAGGAUGGAGAGUGGAUUGUAGGACAGGAGAAGGGUUUGGAUUGUAGGAGGGGCCAGCUGUGGUAUGGAGGGGGUGAGACGGUUAUGUUAGGAAAGGGGUUCUAA